AUGAGCGAAAGGCGCGUUGGACGCUAUCGAGAAGAGUGGAAGAGGUCGUCAAGGUCAUCAAGGUCAUCAAGGUCAUCAAGGUCGUCAAGGUCGUCAAGGUCAUCAAGGUCGUCAAGGUCAUCAAGGUCGUCAAGGUCAUCAAGGUCGUCAAGGUCAUCAAGGUCGUCAAGGUCAUCAAGGUCGUCAAGGUCAUCAAGGUCGUCAAGGUCAUGUAGAAGGAGAUAUCCGCACAGAUUGGACCCGAAAGGCGGCAAGCUCGACCAUGAGGCCAGGUGCUCCAGCGCAAUUUCGUCCUUGACCCGCGAUCCAUCAGCGGCCCUUUCUUUCGGCCAUGCGGGCUCAAUCAAGUACAGGACUUGCGCAUCGUGA